GCACUUGACCAACCCCUCUCCGGCUCUUUUUAUAAUGAUGCCCUGUCCGCCGAGGGCCAGGCAUCGCGACGUCCGGCGGUCGUGACCGCAACCUCGUUGGAAAAACACCUUUCCAUAGUCAUCAUGGCCCUCUUAUACGGCCUCGCCUUCGCCGGCCUGGCGGCAGCUAAUCUCAGACCCAACUGUCCUCACUUCACCGACUACGCGGCAACGCUUCACGAACCCUUCUCAGAAGGCGUCCAUAAGCUAGCCUACCAGCGUCCCCCGCCAGAAUGCCGCACGGCCAGUUAUCCCGAGGUCGAGAAGACCAUCACCGAGAUGAAGGCUCUCGUCAAAGAUCCGGACCUCUAUCGUCUCUUUGAGAACACGUUCCCGAAUACUCUUGACACUACCGUCGCUUGGACCGGUGCUGCCGAAGAUAAUGCAGACGAGGAGCUCAGCUUCAUCAUCACCGGCGACAUCAACGCCGAGUGGCUCCGGGACAGCAGUAAUCAGUUGCAGAGCUACCGCUCUCUACUUACACGCAACUCCUCGGCCGGUUCCCUCGCUGCUCUAUACCGCGGCGCAAUUAACCUCCAAGCUCGCUACGUCCGCUUUGCGCCUCACUGCAAUGCCUUCCAACCACCAGCGGAAUCCGAAAUAGCCCCCACAGACAACGAGGCCGGCGGCGCGUCAGAUCACAUCUACCCUCAGUACCCGACCUACUCCUUCUUCGAGUGCAAAUACGAGCUAGACUCCCUCGCCGCCUUUCUCCAGCUCUCCCACGACUACCACGCCGCCACGGCGGACAAGGACUUCUUCGCCCGCUUCAACUGGUCCAAAGCCGUCGCCGUCCUCCUCAACACCACAGACGCCCUCCGCACGGGAACCUACGCCGCAGACGGCACCCUCAACCCCUCCCCGGCCCUCUUUGAGCGCCGCGCCGUCUCCGCCUCCGAGACCUUGUCCAACAGCGGCAACGGCGCCCCGACCCAGGCCGGCACGGGAAUGGUCCGCAGCUUCUUCCGCCCCAGCGACGACAGCUGCAUCUACCAGCUCUUCGUCCCGGCCAACAUGAUGUUCGCGCGCUACCUCAACUCGUGCGCCGAGAUCAUGGACGGCAUCGACGCCGGCCUCGCCGAACGCAUGAGGGAGUCGGCUAAAGUCGUCCGCGAGGGCAUCGAGGCGCACGGGAAGACGACGCACCCCAAGUUUGGCGAGAUUUACUCGUACGAAGUCGACGGCUUCGGCAGCCACAAUAUCAUGGACGACGCCAACAUCCCCUCCCUCCUCUCCGCCCCUCACUACGGCUACCUCUCCGCCUCGGACCCAAUCUACCAAAACACCCGCCGCUUCGUCCUCUCCACCUCGAAUCCCUACCAGAUGCGCGGCCCCGUCCUCAACGCCACCGGCGGCCCCCACAUCGGCCCGGGAAACGCCUGGCCCAUGGCCCUCAUCGCCCAGCUCAUGACCUCGGACGACGACGACGAGAUCGCCGGCGGUCUGCGCCAGCUCGUCGCCUCCACCGAUCGUCUAGGCCUCAUUCACGAGUCUGUGAACAGUCACGACGCUUCCAAGUGGACUAGAUCAUGGUUCGCAUGGGCGAAUGGUCUCUUUGGACAGAUGAUGCUGGAUCUGAGAGAGAGGAAGCCGCAUCUUCUUGAGAGAAGUUAUCAGUAG